GUAUCUGUAGUUCUUUAAUCAGAGUUAUUUGUUUGAUCAGAGGGGUGUGUAUUCCACAGCUCUCAUUGUUUUCUUUCUGCCUGGUUCAAAGCCACGCCCACUGGAACACCUGUCUCAUCCAGCCGGUACAGGUGUUCUGCCCUCAGGAUUAGAAGGUCUGAGCUGAUCUGGGCUCCGCCUCACAGACUCAGCUCACAAACAUGCGGACACUGUUCAGAGACGUGGCGAAAACCUGCUGGAACGGAACCAGAACCUGAUCCAGAGGAGGUUCUGGCUGGUCUGAGUUUGGAGCAGAAGGCCUGAGAUGUUCCUGCAGCAGCUGCUGGUGGUCCUGCUGAUUUCCCAGCAUGCCUUGGGGCUCCAGGUGGAGGUGUUUGAGGGGGAGGAGUCUGUCCUGCUGCCCUGUCAGGUCAAACCUUCUGUGUCCAGUGGUUCUACAACAGUUUGGGACAGAGACGACUUCCGGAUCCCCACGGUCCAUGUUCGUGAGCCGGCUGGGGAUUAUCUGAAGGACCAGAACCAGCGUUAUGAAGGUCGGACCUCAAUGAUGGAGGACGCUCUGCAGACCGGAGACCUCAGUCUGACUCUGAGGAAACCCACCUUCACCGACAGCGGGAACUUCACCUGCACCGUCCGCAGGAUGGGAGAAGAUCUGCACCAAGAAACUGUGGAGCUGCAGGUCAAAGAAGCUCCUCCUCCUGUCUGGCCCUGGGUUCUGCUUGGGGUUCUGAUCCCUGUAGUUCUGCUGGUUGGUCCAGCAGCUGUUUGGUACUACAGAUGGAAAAAGAAGCACACAGCAGAGCUUAGGUCGGAAACAGUGGAGAUCAGAGAAGGGGAGAAGUCUGUCCUGCUGCCCCUAAAAGCCAACAGAGCCUUUCCCCAGGAUGUCAGAGUGGAGUGGACCCGUUCUGACCAGAACAUCAGAGUCCCGGGGUUUUAG